GCUUCCAGAGGUGGCCUGUCCUGUCCUUCCCUUUCUCUGUCCCGAAUACCUGAAGCCUGGGGAUGUGUUCCAGCCUGUCCUCUUUGUGGGUGGGAUAACUGAAGUUUCCAGUCACCCUGAAUCUUGCUUUCCACGGACUGUUGGAAUUUGAAGCAAGCUGUUAUCUUAUCGCUGGAGAAGCCAAGAAACCAACAAUGGUGGACCACUUGGUGAACACAGAGAUCAACAGCAAGCGGAUUGCCGCUGUGGAGCACUGCUUUGGGGCAUCAGGGCAGCCACUGGCCCUGCCAGGCCGGGUGCUACUGGGAGAAGGUGUGCUGACCAAAGAGUGCCGCAAAAAGGCCAAACCACGCAUCUUCUUCCUCUUCAACGACAUCCUGGUCUACGGCAGCAUUGUGCUCAGCAAGCGGAAGUACCGCAGCCAGCAUAUUAUUCCCCUAGAGGAGGUGACGUUGGAGCAGUUGCCUGAUACCGCGGAGGCCAAGAACCGCUGGAUGAUCAAGACUGCCAAGAAGUCCUUCGUGGUGUCGGCCGCCUCCACCACAGAGCGCCAGGAGUGGAUCGGCCACAUCGAGGAGUGUGUGCGGCGGCAGCUGCUGGCCACCGGCCACCAGCCCACCACGGAACACGCGGCACCCUGGAUCCCCGACAAAGCCACGGACAUCUGCAUGCGCUGCACACAGACGCGCUUCUCAGCCCUCACCCGGCGCCACCACUGCCGAAAGUGUGGCUUCGUGGUUUGCUCCGAGUGCUCCCGAGAACGCUUCCUGCUGCCGCGCCUCUCUCCCAAGCCUCUGCGCGUCUGCAGCCUCUGCUACCGGGAGCUGGCCGCCCAGAAGCUGAAGGAGGAAGCAGAGGAACAGGGCAGGCUCUCCCCGCAGCAGCCGGCCCACCUGGGCGGGGCUUUCUACGGAGCGUCCAGUGGAGACGAUGGCGAUGACGAUGACUCCGAUGAGGACAAGGAGGGCAGCAGGGACGGCGACUGGCCCAGCCGUGUGCAGUUCUAUGCCUCCGGUGUCUCCUGGUCAGCCUUCCACAGCUGACCCUGGCCUGCAGAGCUGCCGCACACACCGGUGCCCCUGCCAGGGCCUGAGCAGCCCUGUGUCCCAGGUGGUGCCCUGCCCCAUGGUGGUUCACACGGGUGGAGGUGGAGAGCUCUUUCCUCUGGAUUCUAGGUGCCUUUUUCUGGAGCUGGGCAUCCAUCCAGGCCCACUUCCAGCUCCACUUCAGGUAGUAAUAACCUUUCCACUUAGCAAGCCCUAGAACACCUAGGCCUCUUGGGAACAAAAGCCAUUCCCCAGGCCUGUAGGCUGGGGCUGCAGCUCCAGGCAACCCCUUGACUUAGCUCCAGGUGUCUGAGCAUUGGGGUACCAGAUGUGGGUCGACAUGCAAAGGGAGGACAGGCAGGAGAGUGAGGUUCUGCUAUGAGCCGAAGUGUGAGCCCCAAAACCCCAGUCCUGCGCCCCAGACAAGCACACCCUACAGAAGAGCAUGAGUCUGGGCCCAUUCGCUGUGCUGGUCCCCACCACCUGCCCACCGAGCCCUGCCAGGCCAGGCACCAAGUUCACCUAAGCCAGGCAAAAGACUGUCAUGCUGUCCCCACCUGGCCCAGGGGACUGCAGCCUCACCUCCCCACAGCCCAGGGUACCCUGAGCAGGCCACUGCCCUGUCCCACCUCCCUCCGGGUGUCCAGGUGUCUGAGGAAAUCCUCUCGUCAUCUCUGUCUACAGACAGUGAAAGCAAUGUUUUCUGUUAGAGCCCUUAGAUGUAAGGAUGGAAACUCUGCCAGACUGACUUACUAAUAAAAAAGAAUGU